AUGUCCAAGAGUCGAAAAUAUUCCAUUACGUCGAUUAUCGUCAGUACGCGCAGUGGUAUUACUCUCAUUUGGUUUGAAGAUUCUGAAUUGUGGUCUUCUCAUGAAAGUGAUGAAACAGUUACCCGUCUAAGUGCUCUCAAAAACUGUUUCAUCAGUCGCUAUGCAACGGGAUCAAAAUGUAUUAAAUAUUUGAAGAGAGCACAAUCGUACGAAACCAUAAUACUAGUUAUUGUCGCCGAUGACAAACAGAUCGAUCUUCAUACACCCUCUACUGAUGCUAUCGACGUUUCGCGAAUAUUUCAGUAUCGAUCUGUACAAUCAAUUUUCCUCGUUUUACGUAUUGCCAACAAAGUCACAGGUACUAUUGAGGCUAAUUCGUUUAAAACUUCUUAUAAAACCAUAGAUAAAUUGACUGGAAUACUAGACAAUCACGAGGCAGUCUAUUCUCAACUACAACGAUUAAUCAGUGAAAUCGAAGAAUCCGACGAUGGGCUGUUUAGUACAUUUAAUCAACGACAAAAGUCGCUUCGACAUGUGCGAUAUGAACUUGGUGCAUUCGUUUGGAGUCAUUCAUACAGAGGUCAGUUUAGUUAUCUACAAAAUUUUAAAGUGAGCAUUAAGUAG